AUGGAACUCCAAACUCCAAGCAAUAAUGGCCAUAACACAAACCAAGAUCUUCCCAAACCCAACAAUGGCGAAGCCCUUCAUCCUCAUCACUCUUUCUUCGAACACAACGACAGCGCAUGUUCCACUCCUUACGUCAGCGCCCCUUCCAGUCCCACUCCCAUCACCGGCUUCUUCUACAGUGCUCCGGCGAGUCCAAUGCACUUCGCCAUAACCGCCGGUUCAUCUCAGUCUUCUUCUCUGCCUCCUGCUAACGAGUUUGAAUUCUCGGCGCGCUUCGGCUCGACCGGGUUUAACAGUUCCGGUUCGAUGAGCUCGGCUGAUGAGUUAUUCUUGAACGGUCAGAUCCGGCCCAUGAAGCUUUCGACCCAUUUGGAGCGGCCACAGGUACUUGCUCCCUUGCUGGAUCUGCACGAAGAAGAAGAAGAAGAAGAAGUUGAAUCGUCGCAUGUGGUACGAGGUAGAGAUCUGAGGUUGCGUGAUAAGUCACUGCGCAGAAGAACAAGAUCUUUGUCGCCUCUGAGAAACACACCUUCAGAGUGGACAGAGAACGAGGAUGUAACCUUAAGGGAUGAUGAAAAUACGAACAAGAAGGGUUGUUCCUCGGAGAAUAAAGAAGGGGACAGUAUGUGUUUGGAGACAUCUCCAACUCCUUCGGUUUCAGCUUCUUCUUCGAGGUCUUCUUCAGCUGGAAGGAGUUCAAAGAGAUGGGUUUUCUUGAAGGAUUUUCUCAGAAGCAAAAGCGAAGGAAGGAGUAACAACAAGUUCUGGUCCACCAUUUCCUUCUCUCCAACCAAGGAUAAGAAAAAUCAGGGAAAUGGGUCUUCUGGGAUCCCAAAAUCCAAGGGAAAUUCCCAAGCUUUCUCGAAGAAGGUUACCGGCAAGCCAACCAACGGCGUCGGAAAGAGACGGGUGCCGCCGUCGCCGCAUGAGUUGCAUUAUAAAGUGAACAGAGCUCAAGCAGAGGAGCUGAGAAAGAAGACUUUUUUGCCUUAUAAGCAGGGUCUGUUUGGGUUUAGUUCCAAGGGUUAUGGUGCUGUGAGUGGCUUUGCUAGAGCGUUAAACCCUGUCUCCUCCAGAUAA